CUGACAAAGGACAGAAUGUUCCUGAAGAUGCCUCUGCUUCUGAGGCUCAUUGUGCUGGGUGCUCAUGUCUGGACCAUUAAAAAAGAAUUUGUAGACAUUAGUAUGCACCAUGGUUAUUUUGUGGCAUCUGUGGAGUUUGCUUUGGCUCUGUUCAAUGAAGACAACAGUAAAGAGCACUCAUACAGGUUGCUGGGUGGGCCCAGCAAAAGCCAGCCCUGGACACCUGGAGGUCAUAGGAGCUCCUUGGGCACAGGUGUUUCACUUGCUCUCCCUGUGCCUGUGCCCUGUCCUAGCUCAGGGUCUGGUGACCAUGCAAGUGGGGUUGGGGGUGCAUGGAGGUGGACAAUAAUAUUUUUAAUGGAGCUGAAGUUGCACCACACAAUUUGUAAAAAGUAGGAUGAAGACAUAAACAACUGCCCCUUGCAAGAAGGUCCAGGAGAGAAAAAGGUAGACUGCACCUUUGUUGUGGAUGCCAGACCAUGUCUUUCCCAGUUCUCCCUCCUGAACAGCACCUGUGUGCAGAAAUAGGCUGGGAAGGGGUCCCUGGCUCCUCAUACAAAAGAUCCUUUUCCUCCAGAGAGCAACAGUCUGUAUGUAGUCCCAGGUCUGUUCAGCACCAGGAGAAUUAAAGGCAUCUCAGAGCACUUUUUAGG